AUGGUGGCCAAGGAGCAGGCAGAUGAUGAAGUGACAAGAUUUCUUAUUCAGCAAAGAGAAAAGCUUGGAUGGCCAACUGUAUUGUGGGACCAGAGUCUGAAAUAUAAUUGUCCUAAGGUUUUAGUUCAGAAUGAUCUUCUACAGGAACCUUUAAAAGAUGAUGGUGUAUUUGUAUAUUGUCUUCCUCAAGUCAAUAUUAAAGGCUUUUGCAAUCCAUAUAAUCUUCAGAUAGUCUCUGCCCAUACAGCUAGGAGAUGCAAAGAAUUUUGGACUGUUUCUGCUUCAUUUAUUUCAAAGGUAAUAUAUAAUGAAUGUGUCAACACAGAAGACGUGGAGCUUAUACCUGCUUUAGAAUGGCUAUCAGAGAGACAACAGUACUAUUUCUUGCAGCAAUUUAAAAUAUUUUCCAAUUUCCGAAUUAAUAAGGCUUUUGUUACCUGGAAAUUGAAUGUUAGGAGAAUUAAGACAGAGAAGAGCAAGACAUUUUUGCAUAAACAUCUCUUUCUCGCUGAUGAGUUUUUUCAAGGCUGUUUAUUACAUAUAAAGGGACUUUGUGAAGAUGCAAUAAAUUUCAAUAAGAGUAAAAAACGUAAAGAUAUUCCACCUGCUGUGUGUUUUGUAAAGCUGGAUCAUUCUCGAACAUACUCUCUUGAUGAAUUUUAUGAAGAACAGUCACAGCAAAGCAUGCAGGCUCUGAAACAACUGGAGGUCAUCAAGGAUAAUGCAAUUUUAAAGAUAAAAAGCACAAUCUUAAAGGUGUCAGAGAAGAAAGAUAUAAAAGAAUAUUUUGAGGAAAAUCUGUCUACUUUUGACACAACACAUUUCAAGCUGCCUAAGCUUCGGCGCUUAUUAGAAACAAACCGGAGGUUUCUAGUGCUGCUGGACUACAUCUUUCAGGAGCUCAUCCGUCAGCUCACGAACAUCGCAGUCACUCAACUUCUGGAAUUAUUCAGUAAUUCUGAUAGAGUGCCAUUCUCAGUGGAAAAAAAGAAUGAAAAUCUCAUCAGAAAAUUGAAAGAUGAGUUUUUUCCCACAACAAAGAUGACAAAUAAUAGUGAAGAACUCAUUGAUUCAAAUUCUUCUCAGGCAUUAGGAGUAAAAGUAGAUGCUGAUAUUAACAAGAUUAUGAGUAGCAGUAAAGUAGAAAAGGAUUUGAGAAAGAUGUAUGCACCAGUAUUUGAAGUAAAUCUGUGCUUGAGAAUUCCUGAGAGAGAUUCUUCAGAAAAUUUUGAAGAGAAUGUUGAUGACUUUGACUACUGUACGAUAUGUGAAGAUGAUGAAAUGUCACAAGAUGGAGACAAUUUGUUCAAAAGUUGUUCAAGUACAGACCUGCUCCUUGAAGCCAAUAAACUUAAAACACUUGGUACCAGCCCUGAACUUGUUCCUUCAGACACAGAAGUCGUGACAGAGUAUGAGAAUAAACUGUAAGUAUUAGACUUUUUUUUAUAAUACAAAGUUCCAGAAUUUCCUACAAAUCUCUUUAUACAACCUAACCGAUUAGAGUUUUCAAUAAAAAUUCAAAAUUUGAUAGCUAAUAUUGAAAAUUGUAUAACUUCAAUUACACCUUUUCAUCAAGAUCCUCGCCUGUCUAACUUUAUUGACAUAAUUUCAAUUAUGGAUUCAUCUAAUGUUGAAAAUAUGAUGAACCUUAAGAAGAAGACUAGCUGGCCAGAUUGUCAGAUUCUUUUUGAAACAGAUUCUGUCUACCAAAAUAAAAUUGUGAGUCUCUUGACUAUUAUUGGUAAUUCAAUGGGCCUAGUUAGCAUCUACAGCUCCAAGUUUCUAAAAAUUUGCACCAUGGUAGAGAAAGCCAAAAUCAUGAGUAUGAAAAUAUCAUCUGUAGAACAUUUAAAUUCUACACAGUUUAAAAUUAUACUGCAUAAAUUUAGAGCCUACUUUCAACAUAUUGUAACUAUGGCUAUUGAAAAACGCAUCGGUAUUUUCAACGUUGUUAGUUUGAAUUUUCAGUCAGAAUGCCUACCAUAUGUUGACAAUGUCAUACGCACAAGCAAUAACCUCUUAAGAUCUGUUUUUGAGAAAAAAAAUACAAAUCUCUUGGAAGUUGUAGAAUCAUCAUUACAAAAGCUAGAACGUGAUCCCAUUGAAAUUGAAGAAUUUGUGGAAUAUUUCACUUUUUUGGAUGAAAUGUCCUUAGAAAUAUCUAAUUUAGAAAACGAGCACUUAGCAGUUUCUCAGCUAUAUUCUGUUGUAAAACAUCACCAGAUUGAUAUUUCAGACGAGCAAAAAGCCCUAUAUAAUAUUCUUUCUAUCAAGUUUGUCCAACUGAAAACAUCUCUGAAGUUAAGUACAACAAACAGAGAAACAACAGUAACCAAGUUCAGGAGUAACUUGGAAACAUACAUCACUGGCUUACGAGUGGAUGUUAGUGACUUAAAAGCUAAAAUAAGAAGUCCUAUUCUGUUGUGUACACGUACCAGAGUGGCGACAGCGAUGGAGAUGAUCCAGUCCCUCUCAGAGGAAGCAGCAAGUUUGGCUCACAAAGCUAAAAUGUAUUCAAGCUACCAGGAUAAUUUUGAUGAUUGUUCUCACAUGCACUCUCUUAAUGUGGAGGAAAUUACUCGGAUUGUGCUCUCAGAGAUUGCUGACAUUGAAUGUGACUUAACAUUGAGGAAAAUAUUAUGGGAAGCUCAAGAAGAAUGGGUGACGCUGUUUCGGGAAUGGAGGAAAUGUUCUCUUCAGAGUAUUGAUGUAGAAUUAGUGCAGAGAACCGUUUCAAAGUGGCUGCAUGUAAUCCUUGUUCUAGAAAAAGGUUUACCUAAAAAUGACAUAGUACUACACCUUAAGCAAUCAGUGACAGAUUUUAAACAAGAGCUGCCAAUCAUCAUAGCACUGGGGAACCCAUGUCUGAAGCCGAGGCACUGGGAGGCUUUGCAGGAGCUUGUGGGAAGGUCUCUGGAUAAAAAUUGCUCUGUAGAGAAUGUGCUAGCCCUCAAGAUGUUUCAGUAUGAAAGUGAAAUAAAUGAAAUAUCAACCUCAGCAACUAAUGAAGCUGCUCUUGAAAAGAUGCUGUUUAAGAUAAUUGAACUUUGGAACACAACACCUCUACAUUUAGUUCCUCACCACUCAGAGACUUACUCGAUUCUGGUAAUCGCAUCUGUGGAUGAUAUUCUAGCUCAGCUAGAAGAAUCUCAAGUCAUUCUUGCAACAAUUAAAGGAUCUCCCUAUCUUGAACCGAUUAAGGAUCUUGUACGUAAAUGGGAUCAAAAUUUAAAUCUCUUCUCUUAUACUCUUGGAGAAUGGAUGAAUUGUCAGAGAAGCUGGCUUUAUCUUGAACCAAUCUUUUAUUCUUUAGAAAUACAAAGGCAACUUCCAGCAGAAACAAAGCACUUCUUAAUGGUGAUCUCCAUGUGGAAGGAAUUAAUGUCAAAAGUACAAAACAAAUUAGAGGCUUUGCGAAUAACAACUUCUGCAGGAGUCCUGGAAGUUUUGCAGAAUUGCAAUACACAUCUUGAGUAUAUAAAGAGAAGCCUGGAGGAUUACCUUGAAGUUAAACGAAUGAUUUUCCCAAGGUUUUACUUUCUCAGCAAUGCUGAGCUUCUCGAUAUACUAGCUGAGAGCAGGAAUCCAGAGUCUGUGCAGCCUCAUCUUGUGAAAUGUUUUGAAAAUAUAAAACAAGUACUGAUAUGCAAAGAAGAAAUUGGACCACCUGCUGUAAAAAUGUUCAUAUCUGCAGAAGGAGAGGGUCUUCUGCUGCCCAAGAAAAUUCGCAUAAGAAGUGCUGUCGAACAAUGGCUGGUAAAUGUAGAGAAAAGCAUGUUUGAUGUGGUAAAAAAGUUUAUGAGUCAAGGGAUCGAAGACUGGACCGAGCAGGAUUUUUCCCUGUGGGUGGUGUCACAUCCAGGACAGGUGGUCCUCACUGUGAGCCAGAUCAUGUUUCAUAAUGAUUGUAUCAGAAGUUUUUUGAGUCCUAAUCCAAGAGAAGAGUUGGAGAAAGUCCACGUUGGUGUGAUUUGGCAUCUAAAAGAAGUUGCAGAACUGGUUGGGUUGAGUACUAACAAUUCUCGAACAAAAACUGUGCUGGAAGCACUGCUUACCCAUUAUGUUCACAGCAGAGAUAUUGUGAUGGAUUUACUGCUUAAAAAUAUAUUCAAUGCAGAGGAUUUUGAGUGGUCAAGACAUUUGAAGUAUAAAUGGAAUGAAAAACAGAAGCUAUGUUAUGUUACUCAAGGUGAUGCCAGCUUUACUUAUGGCUAUGAGUACUUAGGAUGCACUCCAAGGUUGGUCAUCACGCCUCUCACAGACAGAUGCUGGCUGACAUUUUUGGGAGCUCUGAGCCUGAACCUAGGUGGCUGCACUGCUGGCCCUGCGGGGACAGGAAAAACUGAAACUGUUAAAGAUCUGGCAAAGGCAAGUGGUAAACACUGUGUAGUGUUCAGCUGUUUUGAAGACUUGGAUUAUAAGGUACUGGGAAAAUUCUUCUUUGGCUUGGUUCAGUCAGGAGCCUGGUGCUGCUUUGAUGAAUUCAACCUGCUUGAUGUGGAAGUCCUCUCUGUCAUUGCCUCUCAGAUGCUAGAAAUUAAGACAGCAAAAGACAACUAUUCCAUUAGGUUUGUACUGGAUGGGAAAGAAAUACGCAUGAAUAUGUCUUGUGCAGUAUUUAUCACCAUGAAUCCUAGCUAUGGAGGUCGAGUAGAGCUCCCAGACAACCUAAAAUCACUGUUUCGCCCGAUAAUAAUGAUGGCACCUAACUUUCAAAUGAUUACCGAAGUAAUACUGUUUUCAUUUGGCUUCAAAUCUGCAAAAUUGCUCUCUGGAAAGGUAGUUCAUCUUUAUGAAUUAGCUAGCAAGCAGCUUUCACAACAGGAUCAUUAUGAUUUUGGCAUGAGAUCGUUGAAGACAGUUUUAAUAAUGGCAGAAAAGAAGAAGCGGGAAUAUAAGUGGGAUAGCUGCAAUAAUCAUUGUGAAGCAGAUGAAGCUUUAAUCAUUAUCAAGGCCAUCCAAGAAGCCAGCCUAUCAAAAUUUCUUCCUGAAGAUGUCCCACUUUUUGAAAAGAUUAUAGGAGAUAUUUUUCCUGAAGUGAAAGUUUCAAAAGAAAAUCAACUUGCCUUGGAGAAAGCUAUAUAUAUAUCAACGGAAAUAUUAGGCUUUCAACAUUGGCCACCUCAAAAAGAGAAGAUCAUACAGUUUUAUUUUCAACUACAGGCUUGUGUGGGUGUGAUGCUAGUGGGUCCAACAGGCGGAGGAAAGACAACAGCCAGAAAAAUUUUAGAAAAGGCACUAGUGUUGUUACCAAUUAUAGACACCUUAGCAAUUACAGAGAGGCGAUCUAUUUCAAAGAUUCCAGGAAGAAAAGGAAAAAUAGAUAUUUGUGUUUUAAAUCCAAAGUGCAUCACUCUUGGUGAGCUAUUUGGACAACUGGAUCCUAACACUAUGAAAUGGACUGAUGGGUUAUUAGCAGCAGCAAUUCGAAGUUAUGUAUAUUUGAACAGUGAAAAUUACUCAAAAAAUGAUGAUGAUCCUGAACUGAAGUCAGAAGUCUCAGGUUUAUCUAAUGUGUUCCAACUUGAUUCCUCUGAUACAACAGAUACUGAUAAGUUUAUGAAUAAUACUAAGAAAAAUGUUAAAACUCUAGAAGAGCACAAAUUUGAUUGGCAGUGGGUUGUCUUGGAUGGUCCAGUAGACAUGUUGUGGGUAGAGAGCCUGAACUCUGUGUUGGAUGACACAAGGACACUGUGCCUGGCAAACAGUGAGAGAAUCUCACUGACUAGCACAGUGCGUCUGAUAUUUGAAGUGGACACUCUCUCUAGAGCCAGUCCUGCUACCAUAAGCCGGUGUGCGAUGGUGUACAUGGACCCUGUUGACCUGGGAUGGGAGCCUUAUAUUCAGUCAUGGCUUUUGAAAACUUCUAAUAUUAUGAGUCAAUCAGGAGUGGACUGUCUUGAAUUAUUGAUUAAAAAAAGUGUCCCGGAAGGCCUGCGAUUUAUAAAGAAGUAUCAGAAAUUUCAACCCUUUCCUGUGCAUGGCAUAACAAUCGUUACAACCCUCUGCAGAAUUCUUGAUGCUUUCUUUGAAUUCAUGAGUACAAAAGGAGGUUUGGGACAAAGUAAUAAGAAUGGCACUCCAGCUGAGGAGACAAAAUCUUUCAAAAUCAAAUUCAAGGAUGAGAGAAGAAUCAGCUAUGCCAAGAAUGAAAAUACAUGGUUCCUGGAGAACAAUCCAGAUAAGUUAGAAAUAAUGCUCCAAAAGAUUUUUGUAUUUGCAUUUACCUGGGCCUUUGGAGGAACUUUAAAACGUGAAGAUGAGCAUGAAGACGAUAGAGUAUUUCAUUCUACACUUGGAACUGAUUCACUUGCAGAAGUAACAUAUAGUUUUGACAGCCUUGUUCGUGAAAUAUUUGAACAUGAUUCACAUAUAGAGUUGAGUAUCAAUCUACCAAUUGGCGACCGAUCUAUCUUUGGAUAUUUUGUCGACAUACAGCAAUGUGAAUUCAUACCUUGGUCAGAGUUAGUUCCUAAUGUUGAGACACUAGUUGAUAAAGGGACGUCGCUGCUGAGUGACCUUCAAGGAGCUGGUGAGACCAUCUUGACAGACUGUGGAGGGUGCAUUACUCACACCGCCACCCGAGACACCACGUGCCUUGCUUUCCUCAUGAGCCUUCUCCUGAAGAAUUCCAUGCCCGUGCUUCUCACAGGAGAGUCCGGUGUUGGGAAAACAGCUACCAUUAACCAAAUGCUUGAAAAGUUAGAGAGCUCAGGAGCAUUUGAUGUAAAAUGUGGGUCAAUCUUAGGAGACGUCCUAUUACAUAAUGAAAUUAAAAAGUCAAGGUUCCUAAAGCAGAAUAUCAGCAUCCUGAUUUCCGAAACUCACAAGAAGGAGACCGGAAGCUCUGAUAAUGCUACUAAGAAGCUAGAAGGCAGCCCUGACGACAGUUCACUUAAAAGUAACAAUAAAGGAAUUAUAACAUCUACAAUAAAUUUUAGCAGCAGUAUUACAGCCACCAGACUCAAGGAGAUGAUUCUUAAGAAAUUAGUAAGAAGAAAUAAAGAUAUCCUCGGAGCCCCCAAGAACAACAAGAUUGUAAUAUUCAUUGAUGAUAUGAACUCGCCAGCGUCAGACCCAUAUGGAGGAGCUCAGCCCCCCCUGGAACUAAUCAGACAGCUAUUGGACAUGGGAGGGGUUUAUGAUACCGAACGGAACACAUGGAAGACUAUUCAAGAUCUUUCUAUAAUUGCUUCCUGUGUUCCUGCAUUUGGUAGGAGUGACAUUAGCCCACGUCUCCUCAAACACUUUUCCAUACUCGUGUUGCCUCAUCCUCCUCAAAGUGCCUUACUUACUAUUUUCCAGGCUCAUUUGGGAAUCUAUUUCUCCAACAAUAACUUUUCACCUGAUGUUCAGAAAUGUAGGGAGCAGAUAGCCUCUUGCUCCCUGGCUAUGUACUACUCCAUGUGCAAGAAUAUGUUACCAACUCCAACAAAAUGCCACUAUAUAUUCAAUCCUCGAGACAUGUUUAAGCUUCUCCUAGGCUUGCUGCAAGCUGACAAGAGUGUCGUCGUCAGUGCGGAGACGGCCACGAGGCUCUUCAUUCACGAGGCCACCCGAGUGUUUCACGACCGCUUAAUUGAAACCACUGAAAAACGCCUUUUCCAUCAGGUGCUUUCAAAGGAACUUGAGAACUAUUUUGAGAUUCAUUGGGAUUAUCAAAAGCUAAUGGAUGACUCAACUGUGUUUGUGGACUUCUUGGAUAUCAACAAACCUCAUAGAAAAAAGAUUUAUAAGUAUACCAAUGACUAUGGUAAACUUGCCAGAGUACUUAGUGAUUUCCAAAUGAAGUUAGGUCCAACGCCUUUGGAGGUCUCUCAUCCCAUGGUGUUUUUCAAGGAAGCCAUUGAGCACAUUGCAAGAGCUACAAGAGUCCUUAGACAGCCGGGGAGUCACAUGCUACUGCUUGGCAUUGAUGGGUGUGGAAAGGAGACGAGUGCAACCCUAGCCUGUUACCUAGAAGAGCACAGACUGUGCCGGGUGCCUGCGCCUCACCUGUGCACCUACACGGAAUUCAAGGAAAUGUUUAAAAAAGUGUUCAUCCAGACGGGACUGAAAGGGAACCCCACGGUGCUGAUGCUCUCCCCCCUGCACCUAGAGCACGAAUCCUUUUUGGAAGAUUUGAACUAUAUUAUCAAUUUGGGGAAAAUACCUGACUUGUUUGAAAAUGAGGAGCUGGAUUCUAUUGCAGUAAGGAUUAGGUCUUAUGCUGAACAGUUUGGUUAUAUAACUGACAGACAAACUUUACUUUCAUUCUUCCAAAAGAGGAUAUUUAAAAAUCUCCACAUCUUCCUACUCAUGAGUCCUGCAGGAUCUAACUUCCGCCAGAACUGCAGACGGUACCCAUCCAUGAUUAACUCAUGCACCAUGGACUGGUACCACAGGUGGCCUGAAGAAGCUCUCCUUCUUGUGGCCAACUCUUACCUGAAGGAGAAGGUGAACUUAAAGCACCGACAGCACUUAAAAGAAAGAUUUGCCCUAACAUGUGUCCAAAUCCAUGAAAGUGUAAGAGACUUGUGCACACAAUACUUUGAAGAAACAAAAAGGCAUUAUUAUGUCACUCCCAGUAGCUAUUUACAAUUCAUGGAAACAUUUGUGCAUAUUUUGAAGUCACGAGAGGAGGAGAUGCAAAGAAAGAGGAACCGUUUCUCCAUGGGUCUGUCUAAGAUCCUGGAAGCGACUUCACUAGUUAAAGACAUGCAGGAGGAACUCUUGAUUAUUGGCCCUCAAAUAGAGCAAAAAACAAAGGAAACAGAAAUCGUAAUGGAAAAACUACAGAAAGAUUCACAAGUGGUUGAAAAAGUUCAGAUGCUUGUUAAGCAGGAUGAAGAAAUUAUGUCAGAAGAAGUAAGAAUUGUAGAAGAUUAUGCUCAGAAAAUAGCCAAUGAGCUAAAAAGUGUGAUGCCAGUUCUGGAAAAGGCAGUUGUUGCUCUAAAUGCAUUGGAUAAAGCUGAUGUUGCUGAGUUAAGGGUGUACACACGACCUCCCUUCCUCAUACUGACUGUCAUGAAUGCAGUGUGCAUUCUGCUUCAGAAGAAGCCCAACUGGACCACAGCAAAGCUGCUGCUCUCAGAAACUGGUUUCCUAAAGAAACUGAUUAAUCUUGACAAGGACAGCAUUCCGGAUAAGGUUUUCCUGAAGCUGAAAAAGAUUUUAAGCUUGCCUGAUUUUAACCCAAGUAAGGUUGCUCUGGUUUCCGUGGCUUGCUGCUCCAUGUGCCAGUGGGUUAUAGCUCUGAACCACUACCAUGAGGUGCAGAAGAUGGUGGUCCCUAAACAAAGGCAAGUUGAUGAAGCUCAAAACGUCCUUAGAAUUGCAAAGCAAAGACUGGCUGAAAAGCAAAGGGGCGUGCAGCUGGUGGAAGACCAUUUGCAGGCUUUGCAGGCCAACUACAAAGACAUUGUAGCUGAAAAACAGCAGUUAGCAAAUCGGAGAAAACUGGCCACCAGACGCUUGCAGUGUGCAGCAGUCCUUCUGAGCGUCCUGGCGGAGGAAAAGACUCGAUGGCAAGAAACGAUCGACCAAACGGACAGCAAGCUGGAAGGGACGCUGGGGGACAUGCUUCUGGCCUCGGCGUGCAUAGUCUACAGCGGGGCCUUCACCCCAGAGUUUCGACAGCUGAUCCUCGGCAAGUGGGAGACGUUUACAAUUAGAAACAACAUCGCCUUGUCUUCCAAGUUCUCUUUGAUGGAUCUGAUGGCACAGAAAAACGAGAUCCGCCGGUGGCACAAUCAGGGGCUGCCCCUGGGUCAGCACUCGGCUGAGAACGCGGUCUUGAUCAAGCACAGCCAGCAGUGGCCACUGCUGAUUGACCCACACAAGCAAGCGUACCACUGGAUCUGUCAGAUGGAAGGGGCCAGACUGCAAGAGCUCUCCACCGAGGACAGCAGCUACCUCCGGAAGAUGGAGCAUGCCGUGAAGACGGGCGGGAGCGUCCUCCUGCAGGGUCUCUCCGAAUCCCUUUCUCCAGGCCUGAAGGCAAUUUUGAAGAAGGAUAUCUACAAGAAAAGAGGGCAGCACUUUAUCAGAAUUGAAGAUUCUGAGAUUGAAUACAAUGUCAAGUUCAGGUUGUACUUAUCUACAGAGAAGGACAAUCCUCAUUUUUUGCCAGCAGUUGGUAACUUUGUUACCAUUGUCAACUUCACCCUGACUUUCCACAGUUUGCAAGAUCAACUCUUAUCCACAGUGGUAAGUCACGAAGUGCCGCAUUUGGAAAAUCAGCGUAGCCAGUUGUUAGAGAAUAUUUCUGUGGACACUGUGACUCUGGAAGAACUGGAGGAAAAAACACUGAACUUACUGCAGAAAACAGAAGGAUGCAUAUUAGAUAAUGAAGAAAUUGUAGAUACUUUAAGAAAAUGUAAAAUGACAUCAAAGGAAAUUUCAAAACGCAUCAAAGCAACAGAAAAGGCAGAGCGUGAAAUCCAAGCCGUGCGUGAGCAGUACCUGCCCAUCGCCACGCGCGGAACCCUGCUCUACUUCCUCGUGGCCGACCUCACCCAGCUCAACUACAUGUACCAGUUCUCCCUUGCCUGGUUUCGCAAGGUGUUUGUUUCUUCAGUAAUUUCCAAAAGCAAAGAACAGGAAAUUGGUAUGAAACGGGAGACAGUGGCUCCGGAUAAAGUUCGUGGGAUUACAAGUUUCUCAAAAUUACCUCACCCGGAACACGGGACAGAUGCCUUAUACCUGCAUAAUAAAAACGCAAUAGGCGCGCUGACGAGGAGUGUUUUUAAGGUCGUCUCUUCAGCUUUGUUCAAUCAGCAUAAACUCUGCUUCUCCUUCUCCCUGUGCAUCACAAUCAUGAAAAGUAACACGGAUGGAAACUGGAUGAAUGACCUUGGAUUCCUAACAGAGGAGGAAUGGAAUGUCUUUUUAUAUUCUGGCAUACUGAUAGAUAUUAAAAGUAUAUUGCCCAUGCCCAGACUUGACGACAUGUUUGAGACGUGCAAGAACCAGCAUCUGAAGUGGCUAACGAUCUCCCGGUGGAAGCAGUGCCAGUAUGUCAGCCACCACCUGGCAGCCUUUGUGCUGCUCUGCAAGUCCCUCUUGUCGAAUGUCCCACAGUGGGAGGAGUUCAAGAACAGCAGGACUGUGUACUCUCUGCUUAGCAUGCCUUUCUCCUCAAAAGAUGGUUCGUCCGAGGAAACAGAACUAUUAAGUGAAAAUGAAGAAAUACGUGAUCCUAUAAAUUUUCCCUGGGAGAAAUUGACUCCAUUUCAAAGACUUAUCUUGAUAAAAAUUCUUAGGCCAGAAUGCUUGAACAAUUCGGUGAGAAGUUUCAUAAGUGAAAAAAUGGGGAAUGAAUAUAUUUACAGAACGGCAGUUAAUCUGAAAGAAUCCUACGACGAAUCCACUGCCCAAAGCCCACUGAUCCUCAUCCACUCCUCUGGGAUGGACCUGGCCGGCGCGGUGCUGAGGUUCGCGCGGGAGCUGACGGGCGCCACGAGCCACGUGACCAUGCUGUCCCUGGGCCGCGGCCAGGCCGCCAAGGCGGAGGAGCUGCUGGCGCGGGCGCGGGGCCGGCGGCGGCAGUGGGUCUUCCUGCAGAACUGCCACCUGGCCGCCUCCUUCAUGCCGCGCCUCGGCGCCCUCGUGCAGUCGUUCACCCGGGCGGACGCGGCCGCCGACCCCGGCUUCCGGCUGUGGCUGAGCUCCAAGUCCGUCAGCUCCUUCCCGGCCUCCAUCCUCCAGAGGAGCGUGAAGAUCGCCAUGGAAUCUCCCCAGGGACUGAAAAGCAACUUGCUGUGUAUGUUUGGGUAUGGCGGGAGUGGACAGGUGACAGAAGAGAUACUGGAAAAUCCUGAGUAUGGACCAUGGUGGAAAAAACUUCUGUUUAGCCUGUGUUUUUUCAAUGCUGUGAUUAAAGAGAGAGGCAACUAUGGAACACUGGGGUGGAAUAUCCCUUAUAAAUUCAGCUCCUCGGACUUCGAGGUGUCGUUGAAGGUGCUGGGCAAGGCUCUGAGCCAGCGGACGGCCGUGCCCUGGCAGGCGCUGCGCUACAUGAUCGGAGAAGUGACGUACGGCGGCCGGGUGUCUGACUUCUGGGACAGCCGGUGCCUAAACACGCUGCUCUACAGAUUCUGCAGUCCCGACGUGCUCAGAGACAACUUCUGCUUCUCUGGUUACGAGACGUGCCAGCCAGUGCCCAGCUCCGCCAGCUUCGAGGAAUACCUAGAGAUCAUCCGGUCCCUGCCUGAUGAAGACUCCCCCGAGAUCCUGGCUGUCCACCCCGAGGCCAUGAGGAGCUCCAGGGAGGCCCAGGCCCAGAGGCUCGUGGACAGCCUCAUCACCCUGCAGCCCAAGGCCACCCCAGUCACCCUCUUGAUCAGUCCAGGGCAGAGCAAUGAGGAACUGGUGAUGGAAAUCGUGGCCAACUUGCUGGCGCAGCUGCCCCUGGCGGUGGAGCCGGAGGGCCCGGCCGAGUCCAGGAAUCCCACCACGCUGAGAGGCCUCCUGGCCAGCCCCAUCUGGCAGAAGCUCUAUGCCAACAUCCAAGGCCAUGACCCCCUCAUCCACUGUGUCUUGAUCACCUUUUUGAACCAAGAAAUACAACGGUUUGAUAAGUUACUGUUGGUCAUACACCAAUCUUUAAAAGAUCUGCAGCUUGCCAUGAAGGGAGAGAAGGUUCUCACCCCGGAGCUGGAGGAGGUCUACGACUGCUUUCUCAACAUGAAGGUGCCCGCCCUGUGGCAGAAACACGCCUACAGGUCCUGCCGGCCCCUGAGCUCCUGGGUCAGUGACCUCAAGCAGCGGCUGAGCUUCUUCAACACCUGGGCCAAAAUGGCUUUCACUGCCAUCUAUCAUAGAUACAUGACAUUCAUCACGCUGUGGAAGCAUAAAUCCCAGCCAAUGCCUGGACACUUUACGGACCCGGACAGCACCCCCCUCAGCGGCCUUCCCCCACGGUACUGGUUCCCAGCUUUCUUCUUCCCACAAGGCUUCCUCAUCUCCGUGCUGCAAGACCACGGGAGGGCCCACGAGGUCCCCAUGGACGCCCUCUGCUUCUCCCACCACGUGAUCGACACGCACAGCCGCGCCGGCGAGGAGCGCGCCACGGUGUCGCCCAAGAUGCCGAGCACAGCCGAGAAAGCCUUCAAGGGGCGGGCGUGCAGCAGCCGGACAGGAGUUCACAUUUUUGGUUUAUUCAUCGAGGGGGCCCGGUGGGAUUAUGAACAAAAAGUACUAGAAGACUCUCUGCCUCUGGAGAUAUGCUGUGAUUUUCCUGACAUCCGCUUUUUGCCAACACAGAUUUCCACUGGAGUGACCAGUGCUUCUGACCAGACAGAUUCGGGACUCGACUCUUUCGAAUGCCCCGUGCACCAGACACCUGAGAGGUCCAGAGCUUUGACAAGUGCUGCCUUCACGACAAGCUUUGUCACAUCGGUGCAUUUACCAACCAAGAAACCCCCCAGUCACUGGGUCACCAUGCAGGUCGCACUGCUCUGUGAAAAGGACGAAAAAUAA